AUGCUUGCAAGUAAUAGGGAGCAUAAAUCACUUAGUGACCUUAAAGUGGAAAAGGAGUGCGAGUCGCCAGCAAAAGCACUCCUAGUUCGAAAACCGAAUACUUCAGGUUUGAAUUUACGAAAACGAGCGGUUGAAUUGAGAAGUCAUCGGCAAAAGAAACUAGAGCAGAAACCAUCUGUUGAUCACCUGAAUACAGAUGUGCCUGUGGAGAAAAAAGGUGUUCCCGACGAAAUCGUUCUCAAAUCACAACAUGAUACAAACGAAGGAAAUGUCAGCGUCUCAUUCCAUUGCGAGGAAGACCGUUCCCUUUUGCUACAGGCACCACAGGGCACUAUUCUGGUUUUUCUCUUUAAUGACAGCAAGCCUGCAGAACAAUACUUCCGCUUUGUGAACAAAAGAAGAAAGCUAGCGUCUGAACUUUUCCAUGCAUAUACUAACAGAUUCCCUAAUUUAGCCAAGGCAAGAAGUAAUUUCAGUCUGCCUAGCCCUGAUGAUAAAGUGUUAGAGGCACAAAAGCAAGCAUUUGAGAAAGACAUGAAUAAUUUAGCAAUUAGCGAGAAGCCUAAGGAGAAAAAGAAGAAGAUUGUGACCGAAACGAAACCGUUUAAAAAAAUCGACUUAGCUAAAGAGUUGGCAAGCAAUCCAAUAUUCAAAAAAUCAAGUAAAUCAUUUGUCAUCAUUGGACAUGUCGAUGCUGGAAAAUCCACACUCAUGGGAAGAAUUUUAUAUGACUUGGGAACUGUGGAUGCUAAAACGGUUAACAAGCUUGUCAGAGAAGCAGAAAAGUCAGGAAAGGGCUCCUUUGCUUUAGCUUGGAUUAUGGACCAGACAUCGGAAGAGAGAUCUCGUGGUGUUACCAUUGAUAUUUGUGCAACAUCAUUCGAAACACCAACGACUAGAUUCACAGCGAUCGAUGCUCCCGGACAUAAAGACUUCGUUCCUCAAUUGAUUGGUGGUGUUUCGCAAGCCGAUAUCGCUUUAUUGGUAGUGGAUGCUAUUAAUGGAGAAUUUGAAGCGGGAUUUGUGAUGGAUGGGCAGACAAAGGAACAUACUUUGAUUGUGAAAAACCUUGGUAUCGAGAAGCUCUGUGUGGCUGUGAACAAGAUGGACAAGGAGAAUUGGAGUGAAGAAAGAUAUUUGGAAAUCAAAGAGCAGCUCAUGCAGUUUUUGACUGGGGAAGAGGUGGGAUUCGCCGCUGAGAAUAUAUCAUUUGUGCCAAUCUCUGGAUUAGCAGGUAUAAAUGUUGUCAAAAACGAUGGCUCUGUGCCAGAGCUCUCAUGGUACAAAGGUCCCACAUUGAUAGAUUAUCUUGAGGCAGUCAACGUUGCAGGCCACUCCCUGAGUGCAUUCGAUGAUCUUUCCAAUGCCGAGUUCAAUCUUGCUAUCAAUGAUAUCGAGAGCAUCUCCAACACAGAGUUCAGAGUUAAGGGAAAAAUCUCCCUGGGAAUCAUUCAAGCCGGUAAUACUGUGUGUGCUCAACCAUCAGAGGAUUAUUUGCUAGUACAAUCGGUGCUUUUGAACGGGCAGAAUGUAGAUGUCGCGGUUAGCGGGCAGAUUGUGCAAUUGACGUUCAAAGCAAGUCAGUUGAAAAAUACCAACGUGGAAGCCUUAUCGAUUGGUGAUCUACUUGUGAGUGCAAACUCUUCCGUUCGUGCAGUGAAGAGUUUCCAUGCGAAUGUGAACAUGUUCAACAUGAGUAAACCUCUUUUGGUGGGAACACCAUUUGUAUUGUUCCGCAACAAUGCAUCUGUGGCUGCUCGUAUCUCCAAGAUCGAGAAAAUCAAUGGUUCUAAAAAGAAGAAAAUGCAUUUGGUUGCGAAACAAAGUGCCGAGGUCAUAAUACAAGUACUAGACGAGCGAGCUUUACCAAUUGCGAAAUUCAACAAUAACAAGUCUCUUGGCCGAGUUGUUAUUCGUCGGGAAGGAUCUACUAUCGGAGCAGGUGUUGUAACCGAUUUCUAA